AGCGUUUAUUCCAUCUCGUAUUUUGUCAAGAGAAGGGGUCGGUACAAAGUCACGAUAUACCAAAAGCUAAGAUUCUUGCACUUCUACAAGCUGGCUUAACGUAUUCAUAUAUUCGAAAUGAAUUGAGUGCUUCGAAAGGUUGUAUCACGAAUAUUGUAAAAGAGGAAAAACAAAGUUUACCAUUGAAAAAUCGCUCUGGGCAAGACUAA